AGUUUAAGGGGUCGAAUGUCAGAUAGAGAUUGGCAUAAAGCUAUACACCCGGUCAAUUUUAAGAUAUCCAUGAUGGUUGUGACCAUUACAACGGAGGAAUUUGGUAAAACAAAAGAUGGAGAAAACGUACAUAGGUUCAUUUUUGAAGGUUCAAAGGUCCGCGUGUCUGUGUUGGAUUUCGGAUGCGCCAUUCAAUCUGUCGAGGUGCCCGACAGAGCUGGGACACUGGUUGACAUCGCCCUAGGAUACGACGAUGUUGCAGGCUAUGAGAAAAACACUCCAUACAUCGGAGUAGUGGUGGGCCGUGUCGCCGGGCGUAUAGCAGGGGGCAAGUUCUCCAUGGACGGUCAGGAUUAUUCGCUGGUAGUGAAUAACAGACCAAACAACAUACACGGUGGACUCGUUGGCUUCAGUCGGCGGCUCUGGACGCCUUUUGUUAAUGACAACCGUCUGACAUUAACGUAUAGAAGUCCAGAGGGCGAAGAUGGUUUUCCGGGUGACAUGGACGUUACGUUGACGUAUACGCUGGAUGAGGAUGGUUUACUGACGUUGGACUACCUAGCGACUACAACUAAGCCAUGUCCUCUUAACUUCACUAACCACUCGUACUUUAAUCUGGCCGGACAGGAUUGUGAUGACGUAUUGGACCAUGUGGUGCAAAUAUCUGCCGAGAAAUUCGUACCUGUGGACCACAAUCUGAUUCCGACUGGGGAACUACCCGAUGUGGACGGACGCUCUCAAGAUUUGCGCUUUCCUGUUGAAUUACGUUCGAUAAAAGACGCUGUUUGUAACGGCGACCUUGACUUGACCUUCUGUGUAGGCGAGGACGGAAUGAUGAAACGUGUUUCAAAGGUUGUUCACCCAGCAACUGGGCGUUACAUCGAAACAUCGACUACGGAGCCCGGCUUGCAGUUCUACACGGCUAUGUUUAUGUCGAAUACUGUCGGGAAAAGCGGGAAAAGCUACAAACCUUUUGCGUCGUUUUGUCUUGAGACACAACACUUUCCUGAUAGUGUGAAUCAUCCAAAUUUUCCAAACACCAUUUUGAGGCCCGGAGAAACAUACAAGCAGUCGACGGUCUAUACAUUUGGAGUGGAGAAGGAAUAAAAUAAUCAUAUAUAUGCGUUUGUUUCAUUGGACACUUUUAGUAAUUUAUUCCAGUGGUUUAUUAUAGUAUUAAAUAGCCAAUCGUAUGUACUUGUGUCAUGUAUAUUUUAUAUUCAUAGCAGUAUUAAAAUCACUCUGUUUACCCAUA